GGGCCCUGCCGCGGCCCUGCCGGGGUCCCCACCCUCAGCCCCUGGGCGAUGCGCGGGGCCGGGCGCCCGCUCCCACCUUCUGGGCCCGGGUGUCAUCGUCCGCUUGGAUCUCAAACUCGCCGUCCUCCGAGUCGCUGCUGCGGGGCUGGGAGGCCGCGCCUCGGCGCCUCCGCAGCCCCUUCUUCUUCCUCCACUGGGCCAUGGGAGCGCGGGACCGAGGUGUGACUUCAGCGUCUGAAGCCUCAGUCUGGUCAUCUGUAGAUUAGACAUAACCGAAGCUACUUCGCAGAGCUGUUAAGAGGAUUAAAUGAAAUAAUGCUUGUAAAGCUUUUUGCGCAAGGGAGCCCUGGAGGCAAGACCCCGCAGGCAAAACAUGCCUGCUCUUACCCAGAACCAUGUGCAGCAUGAAGACCCCCGUGGAGCUGGCAGUCAGUGGGAUGCAGACCCUCCGCCUUCAGCACCAUUGCCAGGGCAGCUACCGGGUCAAGGCCAGGCCGUCAUAUGUGGAUGAGACAUUGUUUGGCAGCCCUGCGGGUACCCGGCCCACACCACCAGACUUCGACCCACCCUGGGUGGAGAAGGCCAACAGAACCAGUGGAGUGGGCACAGGGGCAUCACAGGCCUCAGGGGCCAAUGGCAGCUGUGAGACCACCUCCUCCAGGGGCAACACCCCGACCCUCACACUAAGGAAGAAGAACAAAUACAGAUUGAUCAGCCACGUUCCUUCUUACUGUGAUGAGUCACUGUUUGGCUCCCGACCGGAGGGCACUAGCUGGGAGGGCCCGUGGAUGGCAAAGGGUGAUGCUGCUAAACUCCAUGCCCUCUUCUGGACACCUCCAGCCACCCCCAGGGGCAGCCACUCAUCCCGCUCCCGGGAGACCCCGCUGCGAGCCAUUCACCCAGCUGGUCCCUUGAAGGCAGAGCCCAAGGUGGCAGCAGACUCCCGGAAGCUGUCUAUGGCUGGGUUGGACUCUCCGCACCCUCUGAGGCGGGAACGUUCCCAUUCCCUCACACACCUGAAUGCCCCCAGCGCUGGUCGCCAACCCGCCAGCGCCCUCCACACCAAUGGGCCUCGGGAUUCCCGGCCUUCCCCCUCAGGGGUGACCUUCCAGAGCCCCCGAGUGACUCCUAGGGCCCGCUCCAUUCGUGAUUCAGUGCCAGCUGCCCCCCAACGGGGUGGGGCCACCCAGAAACCAAAGCCCCCUUGGAAAUGAGUUCCUUGGUCCUCCCCUCCUCGAGCUUGCUCAUGGGGUCACAGUGCGGAGCACGGUUUCAGAGGAGGGCACUGGUUGAGGGUGCCCCUAGAGAGACCAGAGUCUCCUAGGUAACCAUGAAGCAUUGGAAAAGCGUUCCUGGGGGCAGACAUAGCGGGAGGAGGCAGUGCCUUCCUUAAGCACCGGUUGCUCCCUACCUUAUACCCAAUGACGGAUUCGGCGGCUGCCCCUUGAGAUGCCUGUACCAGUCUUGCUCUAGCCACAGGCCGUGCCAACCCAGGGGUGCCCACCAGUCCCCCAUCACUCCUGCGACCUUGUCUUGUCACCUGUGUGAAUAAAUGGUGUGCUUGCCAACCUAGGAGGGUCCCUUCUUCCUUCAUGCCAAGCUUCCUGCUCAGGAGGAGUCUCCAGCUGAGUCUGGAGUUUUCCCAGGCACAGUGUAUGGCCUGUGGGGAACAGAGGAUCUGGGUGACUCAUGGGUGGACAUUUUUAAAAAUUUUAAUAAUCUUGUAUUUAUUUCCACAUAUUAAAAAUAUAUCAGUAGCUCAUCAAA